UUUGGCAGUGCCAAGGCACGUCAAUGGGGGCAGCGGUGGCCCCCUCCUUUGCAAAUCUGUUUGUCCAUAAGCUUGAACAGGAGCUUUUCCUGAACCAUCGUUAUAAAAAUCACAUACAAUUAUAUCUACGCUAUAUGGACGAUAUUCUGGUAGUUUGGAAAGGGGACAUAACAUUAUUUAACGAAAUGGUGAAUGAAGCAAAUGAGAGCCAUCCAACAGUCAAAUUCACCACCGAAAUAUCCAAACGAACUUUGAAUUUCCUUGAUGUGAGUUUAACUAUGGAAAAUGGGUCAAUAAUUACAAACCUAUAUCGGAAGGCCACUGAUAGAAAUAGCCUCCUUAAUUGCUCCAGUUUCCAUAGUAGAAAAUGCAUCACAGGGAUCCCAAAAGGGCAAUUCCUAAGAGCACGCAGAAUUGCAUCGGACGAUGCAAAAUACUGGGAAGCGGCAGAAGGCUUGAUAAAUAGGUUUUGCACAAAAGGUUAUAGUAGAUGCACCCUCCACAAAACAGCUGCAGAGGUUGGAAGGAUCCCAAGAACUUCUCUUUUACAAGGGUCUAAGGCGGCCAAUAAAAACAAUAGGACACCUUUUGUAAGUCUAUACCAUCACAAAAGUGACCAAGUUGAGAAAGUAAUUAAAAGGUUUUGGCCAAUUUUACAAGGGGAUAAACAACUUCAAAAAUUUUGUAUAGAUCCACCUCUAUUUUGUUAUAGAAAAGGACGCACCAUUAGGGACCAUCUGUGUACAGCAGAACCCAAAAAAGAGACAAGACAGACGGUCUUAUUCCAAGGUUUGGAGAAAAAAGGUACGUUUCCUUGUCUGGGGUGUGUAUGUUGCUCCUCUGUAAUAAGGGGAGAGUCAAUCUGCCACCCCAUGAAAGGAAACAAAAUUAAACUGAAACACUACGCUACCUGUCUAACAGCAGGCGUAGUGUAUCUCUUGAAAUGCCCAUGUGGGAAGGUGUAUGUGGGUCAAACUAUACGCCCAGUGAAAGAAAGAAUAAAAGAACAUAAAUCAGACAUUAGAAAUUAUAACACCAAUACCCCCACUGAUACAUCGGUGUCUCGACACUUCUUUUCGAAUAAACACAAUCAGUCACAAUUGAAAUGGCUGGUCCUCGAGGUGGUUACUAAACCACAAAGGGGAGGGGAUAUCAAGAAAUUACUCCUUCAGAGAGAAGCAGUGUGGAUCAAGAGACUUAAUAGUAUGGUCCCCAUAGGGUUAAAUGAAUAUUGGAGUAUUGCACCUUUUUUGUGAAGUAUAUACAGGUCUCAUAUUGCUAUUUCUUUCCCUUUCAGAUAGAAUAUAAGAGCUGCACUGUAUAGUGAUUUAAGUGAACCCACAUUGCGAUUGGACUAUACACCAAGUUGGAAACAACAAUUGAACACUUAAAGGAUGGAUUGCUACUUCACUUGCUUUAUUUACGGACUUGUGUUGAUGUCUUUAUAAUAUGUGACACUAUGAUACCUGAACCACAAUUGAAAAUAUAUAACACUAUAUCUUUGUUACAUGGGAGCUAGGCUCUAUACUUCCAAUAGCAGUGGCUCCUCCCACGUACUUAAUUAUAUGGGUGUGGUAUAAUCCUUAAAUAGAAUGUAUGGUGGUUGUGUUGUAUCCACUUGAUAAAGGACUAUUGUCCGAAACAUGUCGUGUGUUAAAUAAAUAUUUUGCAGUAAAUCUGCUAGUGCCAGGCUCAAUU